UUAGAGCCACGGGUUCGCUGUCUGUCCCGGAGAGAAACGUCUUGCACUAUGAUGAGCAGCUGUAGCUCGGUUGUGUGACAAGUGAAUUCAUCUGCACAAUGUCGGUGAGGAGACAGAGAGACGGGCAAAGGGAUGCGGUGACACAUCUGAGGGGGAAUGCCAUAUCCCCUCCCAGGGGAGGUUCCCUGCGGGAGCGGGAACGGCACCGCUCGAGCGAUCGUCCGCCGCGACGCUUCUCGGCGCACAUUGUGGCACGCCGCGAGUCAGUGCUGGACCGCGGGAUAGACGCUGCCAUCCGGCGGCCGUCUCUGGCCUCGGUGGCGGAACGCGGAAACUGGGGUUCCCGCUGGGAGUUCCUGCUGUCCUGUGUCGGGUUGUCUGUCGGCAUCGGAAAUGUCUGGAGGUUCCCCUACCUCGCCUAUCAGAAUGGCGGCGGCGCCUUCUUGAUCCCUUACCUCAUUAUGCUGGCUCUGGCUGGGAAGCCCAUGUACUUCCUGGAAUUAGCAGUGGGACAGUUCGGUGGCGUCGGUCCAUUGGCCCUGUGGAACUGCUGUCCCAUCGCGAAAGGUGUGGGCUGCGCCAUGGUGACUGUAUCCCUAAUCGUCUGUAUCUAUUAUAACGUCAUCAUGUCCUACACGGUGUACUACAUGGUAUCGUCCUUCGCUUCCGAGGUCCCGUGGAGCAAGUGCGACCCCAGCUGGGCUGACAUGAGCACCUGCUAUGUCAGGGGGUCACGUGCGAGCCAAGACGCGAACUCGUCCUGGGGUAACAGAAGCCUGGGGGACAACAGCACUAACCCCGAAACGGCCAGUUUGCAAUACUGGGAGAAGUACGUUCUACAUCUGUCCAACGGGAUUGAGGAUGUGGGCCCUAUCAAAUGGGACCUGGCCCUCUGCUUGCUGUUCUCGUGGGUCGUCGUCGUGUUGUGCCUUGUCAAGGGCAUAAAGACGUCAGGGAAGGUGGUAUACUUCGCGGCGACUUUCCCAUACGCCAUCCUGUUCAUCCUAUUGGUUACAGGACUGUUACAAGAGGGUUCGCUGACGGGCGUCUUGUAUUUCAUCACUCCAACGUGGGAAAAACUACUGGACAUUCAGGUAUGGCAAGCGGCAGCCGGACAGAUGUUCUUCUCCCUCAGCGUAUCUAUGGGCGGUCUUAUAAUGUACAGCAGCUACAAUGAUUUCCGCAACAACGUAUACAGGGAUGCCUUAGUGGUGAGUGUCUUGGACACAGUGACCAGCAUCAUCUCCGGAAUGGUCACAUUCUCCAUCCUAGGGGCCAUGGCUCAUGACCUUCAAGUGCCUAUAGAACAAGUGGUGAAGGAGGGACCCGGAUUGGCCUUUGUUGCUUAUCCGGAGGCUCUACUUCGACUCCCGGUACCUCAACUUUGGUCCAUCUUAUUCUUCCUCAUGCUGUUUGUACUCGGAUUGGAUAGUGAAUUCGCGUUGCUGGAAAACGUCCUCACUAGCGUCUCCGACGAGUUCACGGUUCUUCGCAACCACAAACUAACUUUCUGUAUAUCUAUCGCCGUGGUCUGCUACCUGGUGGGACUUUCCUGCGUUACUUAUGGUGGCAACUAUGUUCUCACGCUUAUGGACGUGUAUGGAGGUGGAAUUGCAGUGCUCUUCAUUGCCAUUGCAGAAUGCAUCAGCUUGCUAUGGAUCUAUGGUUUGUCCAAUAUCUGUGACGAUAUGCAUUUCAUGCUUGGAAAACGGCCAGAAAUCUACUGGAGAGUUACAUGGGCUCUUUUCGCCCCUGUCAUCCUCGCGGUAAUAUUUAUCAUAUCUCUAGUAAAGUUUAAGCCUCUAGGGGAUGAAACGUACGACUAUCCCGACUGGGCUGAUGCAGUCGGUUGGUGCCUAGGAUGUCUUUCAAUGGCCCAGAUACCAUUUUGGGCUAUAGUCAACAUCUUCCAGCAGAAAGGCUCGUCACUGAAAGACAAAUUUCUACUUUCUACGAAACCCACAGAGGACUGGGGACCGUCGGACCUCAACCUCCGUGAAUCCUGGCUGCAAUUCAAACGGAAGGGGCACCCCAAUAUUCAGCUCAAUUCGAUAGAACACGCCAAUUCAACUACAUAUACAGUGACUGUUCCGGAGGAGGAAACGUUCCAUUGCCAAGGUAACAGCCACGGAUCCCGCACGUGAAACUGAGGGAGCAGACUACCGUGUUGCAUUGCUUCAGUGAUUUUCGGAAGAGAGAAAUAGCCCGAUUUACGCAUCGUUAUUUUGUGUGUCCUGUUUUCAUUCCCAGUGCACGCGCCUUCAGCUAGUCAUGUACUUUUCUUUAAUUUUAUGAAGAAGUCCACAGACAAAACUGAUAAAUUAAAAGAGGGCAUUUUAUCCCCUGAUAUUUGAUGUUACAGCCGUUGGCCCUGAACCAGACGAAGAGUCUGUGGACGACCCUACCCCCUCCCACUUCCCAUCGGUCUCCAUAGACAUAUAGCCUUUUCAAUUUGAGGCCAAACAAAUAAUAUUCAGAAUAAUUUUCAUCGAGUGUCAACAUUAUAAUAAAUUAAUGUUAUUUAGUGUGAACCGGGUUGCCGAAAUCAAGAAAGUUACCAGCUAUUGGCUGGACCACCGGAGUUUGUUUGCAGGCGAGAACAAUAAUUUUUCUCUUCGCGACAACGUUCACAUCAGCUCUGGAUUCGACCCAGCCUCCUGCCUGAUGGAUUCCGCAGGUGAAAAGGCUCUAGUGUGAAGUGUGUAGUGUUGAGGUUAGGAAUUUCUGCGACUUUAUCUUCGUUCCUCCAUACUUGUUCAUGUAGUGCUUAAGCACAGGGGCAACUUUACCUUCUUUAUUAACUCAUCUGUCAUGUUUAUGUAUUUAAAUGACUUUUAGUUUAGCCUUUAAGCUACCCCAAAUCAGAUCAGAACAUUCAACUUGACGUUAGAAAAAUAAUCGCGAAGUUAUGUAACCGUCUUUUAACAUCGAACCUGUAGAACAUUCGUGUUAAGUCCGCACUUUCGCAAGUACCGUCUAUAUUGGGAUAUACAUGUGAGUUAGUAGGUGACGUGGUAUUACUUCCAGAAAAAUAAAGAGUAUUUAUUUUUAAAUUGGUGGAAUUUAAGCCAGAAGUGUUGACGGUUCUCAUACACCGUAUGGACAACUCUCUGUCUGUCCUUCAGUCUAUCUGUUAAGGGCAGCUUCAUAAACAGGGGCGGCUUAUAAUACGAGUUUUGGAUUGAAUGACUGGAUUUAUUGCACUUUAUAAUUCACAACUGGAUACUUACAGGCAAUACAGUGCUAUCGCUGAUCUAUACACUUUACAAUUCACCAUUACAUUCCCACUAGUGGCCUCAGCCUUCACUAGUCAUAUCCAGGCAACGGAUUAAUAACACUCUCACUACAACUUCAGAUCACAUAUGACGUCUUCUUUGCGCCUCCUAAUUCCUUUCUUGCCAUUUUUCUGCAACUGGCAAUUCCGAAGACUCAACUCAAUUCACUUCCUCUGCUCCCAAGUUCAUAUCCCGGCAGGCUGGCUUCCCGAAACUCGACUCUACUCUGUCAGCUUCUAAAUACAACUAAUUCUACGCUGCUGGACAUUUCUUUUAACAACUUUGCACGGACCACGAGGAAAGCAGCCUCUGUUGUUAAGGAAGCGUGUUUACUGAUCAGUUGCCUAUCAGUGGACGUCUUGUUGUUGCGCACGUUUACUCCCGCGAGAUUGUGUUUACCGAGUCGUUGCUUAGCAAUGAGUCUACAUGUCGAAAUAUUGUUGUAAACUGCUAAAAUCUACUGACAUCUGGUCCAUUUUACAAACUUGAAAACUGCCGUCUGUUUAUUGCCUGUGAUAGUGAUUACACUCUGCUGCCAUCUGCUUGUAUGUUCUUACGCUUCCGAAUUGACGUUCCAAUUACGCGCAAUGCGCGAUCUGCCAAUCCAGUUAACUUCCAUGUGCAUUCGAGAGGGGACCGUGUGGCCUGGUAUAUCGUUACUUUGAAAAGGUUCAUUGUCUCAGUCAGAACUGAUUUGAUUCUGUUCGCUCUUGCUCUGGCAGUUAUUUUGUGCUGUCCAGUUAAUGGCGUCAUUUUCGAUAGCAUCUUACAGGUUUCGGUUUUCAGAUUCUCCGAAUACACACAAUGACCCAUGCCUGUGCAUGGGUGUUAGGCCACAUUCUUGAAGUGUCAAAUUAUGCAUCUGUAUCAGGCAGUGUCUGAUGUCUUCCCAGCAUACUGAAUAGAAUUCGUAGUAUAUUCCGUCUUCUUCUGACGUCUUAUUUAAAGUUCCUUACUUCAUAAAUUCUGACAAUUCUUUCUUCCGUCAGCGACGCUUCGAGAGCUUCUUACAUGCCCAUUCUUGUCUUCCUUUGAGUCUCCCUAAAAUGUCCAUUCUUUGAUGAUCUUUUAUUGAUUCGUAGAAUUUCCUGUGAACGUGAACAAAGAUGGUCGUCAUACCUCUUCGAGAUAUUUAUACUGUCACGUGACUUAAGGUCUAUAGACGGGGUUUGGAUUGGCAAUUAGAUUUAUUGACCACUUACAGGUCGUAGCUACAACAAUAUUGCUGGUUCCCACACUAAGUAUUCUCAGUCUCCUUGGCAACCGCUCUCCACAAUGGUUAUUCCUCUGCAGUGUUUUCACUAAACGUGUCCUGAUAACGAAUCUUAACAAUGGAGAUUCUUCAGCAUACGUUGCCUACUGUUUAACACCCACAAUUGGACCCUCAACUGCCCCGUAACGCCAAAUAUCUUCAAGAUAACCCGUCGGCACGGACCACGCAGAAAACACAGCUUCUAUUGUUGACGAGGCAUUUUUACCGCACCGUUACAUAGCAACGGGAGUUACUCGAUUUUUGCUUGCCUGCUCGUUGCCGCGGGAAUGUGUUUACCGGGUCAUUGCGUAGCAAUGAACGUCUAUUCUGCUUUCACUAUUCCGGUAUAACGGAAUCCUACCGGGCAUUAAGGAUGAGCUGCAGACUAGUGAUGACAAUAAAUGUUUCAGUCACAACUUCUUUUGUGAUCAUGUGGUCAGCAUAGAUAUGUAUCAAUAUCUCAUUCAGUUGCAGCUCCUGACUACAUAUAUGUUAAACUGAAAUCGCUGCCAGUUGAAUCAACCGUUUUUUGUCGUUGUUGCUAUUCAAAGAGUCUUAACGAAUUUAAGCUUCGAGGAUCUACGUUCUCAAGUUGAAAUCAAUGACAGGAGAGGCAGAGGAAGAUUCGUGGCACAGCGGGCGAGUAAAUAAAAUUAUUUUUGGAAUUUAUUUUCACCUCUGUGCCAGUGCACGUUACAUCCUCCGCUGGACUCGUCCUGAAGUUGCUCCAUUUUCAAUUAAUUCAUUAAAAGUUUCCUUAGAGGACAGAAAGCCUACACAUACUGUACAGGAGGAAGCGCCAACACUGCAUCUGAGUGUAAAGUUUCCACUUGUAAACGUACAGCAAGAGCGGAUCAAGUCUCAGUUAGAGAAUCUGUAGGUUCUAGAAGGACAUGUAAGUGUAGAGAAGAUUGUAAUGUGGCAUGUUAUUGUCUCAGGGAUGAAUAUUUAGCAAACAGUCAACCGUUUUUUAUUAUUUUGUGCUGAUAAGGAAUUGAAUAAUUUUUGUAUAGAAUGCAAGUAGCUUUAGUAAAGAAAUUCUUUACAAGGAAUGUACAUUCGCUUGUGUGAAGAUUGUGAGAAUUGUAACAUAAUUAUAUACUCCCUAAGCCAGGGGUAUGUUGUCAUUCCACACUCAGGAGGCAGAUGAAAUUUCGAAAGGAUUAUGGCCCUGACAUUAUGGCGAGGAACCAAUUUGUAUUUCCAGAUAACUACGAAUUUUUUCACGCUGACUGAGUAUAGUUAACGGUUCUACCAAAAGACACCAUUAAUAAUAAUUAAUUGAAACAAAAUAUUCUCAAUCAUGACCAGUGCCCUCAAGGUUCAGGUAUGGACUCCGAAUGACACAGAAUUUAAAGUGGGCCCCAAUCUGCGUUAUCAUGCAUAAUAUGAAAACGGUAGACACGUGUGCUUGGGUCCCCAAAUCUUGGAUUUUUAAAAAAUCAUCUUUUUUCGGUUACCUUUUUGUGAUACUGUAUUUGGGAAAAUUAAAAUCGACUGAGGACCGCAUCUGUGUGCCCGCCCUUUAUCUAGGAGUUACAGAAUAGCCCUGUAUUGAUGAUGCUACAAUUUUCAAGAAGAAAGGCUUAUGUUUUGUGUGUUUAAAAGGUAACCGCUGUGAGAAAUGAUGGAUGAAUGACCUUUUGGAUUUAAUCUGAAAUAUCCAGAGUUAAUAAACACACAAACUUGGUGUUGGAAGGAAAUAAGAAAUGCCCACAUAAUUUUCAUUUUAAAAUUCUAGGGAGAAAUUCCUUAGGAAACUUUUAAAUUUGUUAUUAAGAUAAAUUUUGGGGACAUCGGUUGUGAACGUGUAAACUGGUAUGAAUUUACUAAGGAUAAUGAUUUUAUGAAGAAUGCCAUGAACUUUCUGGUUCCAUAACAUUAAGUUUAAUGGCUAGCUAAAUACGUACAAAUUUUUCAAGAAACAUUGUGUACAAUAUUAAUGAAAGAUACAUCUCAAAAUUAAGGCCUAAGAAUUUUCAACGCCUUUCUUUAUACACAGUAUCAUCGACAAACAAAAAUUAUAUGUUAAUAUUUUUUUUCAUAAUUAUAAGGAAAUAUUAUUAACCCUAUGCGUGCUAUGAACGAGAAAAAUCGUCUUGAAACAUGGUCUGACUGGAUUUGGCAAGCAAUACUGUCAGUCGAAAUAAACUUUUACCUUCUUUGUAUAGUUCGAGCGAUAUUUGAAAAUACAAGCUUCGAUGGAAACAUACCAAACAAAAUAUUUAACAAAACAUUCAAGGAUUCAAUUCUUUAUUUAAGAGCUGCUUAAUAUACUUGACUGUUAAAAGAGUUUCAGCAUAAUUUUUGCUGCGAAGUAAAGUCGUGAGUGCUGUAUUUGAGACAGUACGAAAGGAAAUGUACCAAACUACUAUCUCAAGCACGACUGCCCAUUAGAAUUUCAAGUUAUAGUGCAACUAUUGUAGACAUAGCCGGGGACAAGCCGUAAACUGAUUGGAUCUGCUCUCUGGAAGGAGAAUUGAAUUCUGAAGAUUAGUCAAAAUGCUGACCCACACAAGAUGUGUUUAGGUUUUGUGUUCGUAGAAAGUGUACUGUGCGGUGUGAUUGCAAUGUGACUACGGACGCAACCGGAGCAGCUGCAAUACAAAUCAUGCUGGACAGCUUAGUUGUUUUCUCAUUAAGGAAGAAAGAAAAUAAAAUUAUUUGUGGAUGUAAAGGUAUUUUGUAAUAUGGCCUGGUCAUUGAAGGCUGCUUCAUUAUAGAUCACCUACGGUUCGUCUUUCUUUUCUUUUUUUUUUAAAGAAAUUUACUAAAAAUUCGAGUUUCGUGUAAAUAUACAAGGACUGUGGUUAUUAUAGUGCCGGUCACGGUAGCCGAGCGGUCUAAGGCAUGCACUCUCUUCGCUCGCUCGUGGG